UUGCAGCGCUUCUGCCAGGGCUGCCGCCCGCCUCUUGCACCGGCGGAAGGAGCUAAUCCCGGGACCGCGAGUCUGCAGCUAAAAACGGGAAACCCCACAAGCAGGCGCCGGGUCGGCUUUCAGGGCAGGGGGGAGCCGCGGGGAUUUCUUCCGACACCCGGAGCGGGGGAAGACCGUCGCUUUCCGCGGGAAGGAGAGGCCGCGUUACUGGCGGCGUCUCACACUCUUCCUUCACAGGGGCCACCGGCCUCCGCCGCUACCGCACGGCGGAACGCAGGACGCAGCCCUGAGGAGCGGGCGCAAGCCCGCAGCAGAACCGUGAGGCCAAGUCUGGUAUGAUACCAUGGAAGGGCAGCAUAACCAUCCACAUCAUCUAGGGGACCAGAACAACCCUCUUUGCAAGCUGCCAGGGCAGGAAUACCAGCAUGAUCCUCAGAGACAUCUAACGUCGUACCCAUACCGCUGCACGCUGGCAGAUUUUCAGAUAGAGAAGAAGAUCGGACGAGGGCAAUUCAGUGAAGUUUACAAAGCAACUUGUCUUCUGGACAGAAAACCUGUGGCAUUAAAGAAGGUUCAGAUAUUUGAAAUGAUGGAUGCCAAGGCUAGGCAAGAUUGCAUUAAAGAAAUUGACCUCUUGAAGCAACUGAACCACCCCAAUAUAAUUAAGUACUUGGAUUCUUUUAUUGAAGACAAUGAAUUGAACAUUGUCCUGGAACUGGCUGAUGCUGGUGACCUCUCUCAGAUGAUUAAGUAUUUUAAAAAGCAGAAACGGUUAAUCCCGGAAAGGACGGUGUGGAAAUAUUUUGUGCAGCUAUGCAGUGCAGUGGAACACAUGCACUCCCGCAGGGUGAUGCACAGAGACAUAAAACCAGCCAACGUGUUUAUAACAGCCACAGGGGUGGUGAAGCUGGGAGAUCUUGGAUUAGGCCGUUUUUUUAGUUCUAAAACCACUGCAGCACAUUCCUUAGUGGGAACUCCAUACUAUAUGUCCCCAGAGAGAAUACAUGAAAACGGCUAUAACUUUAAAUCUGAUAUCUGGUCUUUGGGCUGUUUAUUGUAUGAGAUGGCAGCUCUUCAGAGUCCUUUCUAUGGAGAUAAAAUGAAUCUGUUUUCCCUCUGCCAAAAAAUAGAGCAAUGUGACUACCCACCUCUUCCAGCAGAACAUUAUUCUGAGAAGCUGCGGGAGCUGGUCAGCAUGUGCAUAUACCCCGACCCAGAUCAAAGACCUGACAUUGGUUACGUGCACCAAAUAGCAAAACAAAUGCAUGUUUGGACCUCCAGCACAUGAGGCGGCUGCACGCGCUCCACGCCAGCACAGCUCAGUCUUACUUGAAUUCUUUUUUUCUCAGACGAAACCAACUGGUGCCUAAGUCACACAAGUGAGAGGGUUGAGCACUCAUAGCAAGAUGCUCCAUUAUUUCUGCAGGUUAUUUGACAAGGACUCUUACAAGGUGGUCAUGCUUUAACGUGAAGGUUCUGUGAGGUAUUGCAAGUGAUACUUUUGUUUUUGUUUUGUUUUGUUUUUUUAAGGCCAAUAACAUGUUACAGAUGUAGAUCAUUUAAGGGUCCUUUCUUAAAACUGUCGUGUGUAAUCUAGGAUAGAUGAUAUUAACAGGGGUGCCACAGCUCUGGCACACCUCUUCUAUCUUAAAUGUAAUGUGAAAUAUUGAAAUAAUUCCUUCGGUGAAAUCACUUUAUACUAAUGUAAGAAUUACAGUAGACUUUGUGUAAUUUGUAUAACUGCUACUUUGCCUCUUCUGCAAAUGGUUAAUAGCAAAUCCAGUUUUUACUUCGUAUAGUUUAAAGCAGUAAUUUCUGUGUUUUUGUUAAUUCCUUCCUCUUCAGACUUAGGAACUGAGAAGGGUUGGAGAGGAGGAACACAUUUCUUUCAAGAUUUUUCUAACUGCAGUUUCAGAGUACUUGGCUAGAUCUCUUAACUUGGCUACAGCCAAGGAGGUGAGGCGAGUUGAGCAUGUACUUGGGGUAAAAGAAAAAGCAGCAAAGCAUGCCAAGGGAAUCCCUCACAAGCAUUGCUUCUGCAAAGGAUUUCUCCUUAAACUCUUCCUGUUUGGCAUGAUUUGUUUUAGACUACAGGUUCUUGUUAGAAACCAGUGUUGAUCUAAGCCAACAAGGUCUUGGUGAAUAUACUGCUUCACGUUCAGUUGUGCCUUAGGUACUGUAGGUAAAACCUAAGCAAAGCAGUGUUUGAAACACGCAGAAAACGUCUAAAAGAGAAGUGCUUUGUGUGGCUAAUUCUGCACAAGGCUCAGCCCCCAACUAUUUAACUGUGAAAGCUCAUUUCCAGAAUGUGAAUUUUUAUGAAAUCUCAUCCUGAUUUGAAGGAGUCAUCUUCUUUUACAUGAAAAUUUUCAGCCAACUAAAUUCAUUCAUUGAAUCAAUGAUUUGUUUCCUUACUGGCGAUGAGAAACAGUCACUGCUUUAGGAACAAACCUGGAUUCACGUUCAAGUGUUUCCAUUUCAUUUGCCUGUUCAGAGGAGCAGGGCUGCACUGAACGUCCUGGAGGACUGCAGCAGGGAAAGGAACUGCCCUGUUCAGCACUGCUGCCCUGUGUGCCAACAUGUGUUUGUGUCUGACAGUUCCAAUGCAGCCUGGGCCUGUUCUUUCUUAAGCAAACAAUCCUUCAUGUUUUGGAAAUAAGAUUAGGGUUAGAUGGUUACACACACACAUAUAUAUGCUUCUAGUGAUUUUUUAUUUUAGUUUUUAACCUAAUUUGCUCUGCUUAAAGGAAAACUGCAGUGCUACCUUCAACUCCUCCUGUCGAAUCUCAAACCCCUUCUAUAGGGGAGCAAAAAAGAGCUAUUAAUUGCUGUGAAUAAUGUUGGUAUCAUUAAUGCAAGGUGCCACUUUAUUGAGUCUUCUCAGCAGAAAGUUGAGCCUGCUGCUCUCAUGAGAGAUUCAGGAAAUUCAAAUCAGCAUGAGAACGAAAUGGAGGCACCAAAUUGCUUCCAACAUUCCCAUGCUACCUUGUUUAAUUUAUACCCAGCUUCUUUAGCAGUCCUUAGAGCUAAGACUGUCACUGCUCCACUGCAGCUUUCCUUUAAGCCACGGUGGCAGCUACACGUUCAGAGGGAUGGUUGUGCUGCGCCUUCUCUUGGUGUAACACAGAAAAGGAUCUUUGGCUUCCAGGGAAGCUCAGCUGAAUUUUUGAGUGUCUUGAGAAGUCUGGUCACUUUCUUGCUACAUAAAAUUUAUUAGUGCUUCUAAGUAAAAUGUACUUCAAAAGGUAAUUUUUUGCAAUUGUGCCUUUUUAGAUAAAUAAAAAAAAUAUUUACAAAAAA